AUAUUAUAUUAUCAUAUCAUCAACACUUAGCAACCACACUCCUCAAAUUCACAAAAUUCUUUCCACCCCAUUUUUAUCUAAGUAACAUAGUUACCAUAAUUUAGUUCCAAAAUUCCAAAGAUUGAAAAAUGGCUUCAAUAAUCAUGUCAUUUGUUCCAUCCACCACUAGAGUCUUUGCAACAAAGGGUACUUCAAGUGGUGGUGGGGGUGGUAGUAGUAUCAAAGAAGAGAAGGGUAUUUUUGAUUGGAUUAUUGGAGGGUUACAAAAAGAAGAUCAGCUUCUAGAAACUGAUCCUAUUCUCAAGAAGGUGGAAGAGAAGAGUGGUGGAACUACUAGCAAUGGUCGCAAAAACACUGUGGCUGUGCCACAAAAGAAAAAGGGUGGUGGAUUUGGAGGCUUGUUUGCAAAGAAUUGAAGCAAAAAAUUUAUUUGCUUUACUUUACUUUUUUUUUUUUUUCUUAUUUCAAAUGCAUGCAUUGUUGUAUUUUCUUCCACUUUAGUUUUCAACAUCUUGAGCUUAUGGAUAUAUUGUAUGUUAUUAAUUAUGCUGGAUGUUGGUAAUAUAUUGUAUUUAUAUUUUACAGAAGAACAAAAUCUAUAUUCAUUUUGGAUCAGUUACUACCAA